AGUAUACGGGAUGGACGUGCUGCGAGUACUGCAUGUGGAGCCAUUUUCAGUAAGAUAAGUUUUUCGAGUGAAUUGAGGCCGCGAUCCGGUGGAGACUGUGGAGUAUUUUUCAUGUGAAUCAUGGUGUUCAGUGGAUACGUGUCGAUCCCCUGCUAUCUACAUAAAGCGGAUCACUUCCAUAAAAAAGCGCUUCUCAGGGUUUGCAAAAUUAACUGUUUAUAAGUUGUGACAAAUUUUCAUCUGGCAAAAAAGCUGCAUCAAAUGAAGUUCCGAAGUGAAAAAUUUGAAUCAAAAUCCUACGUGGAACACUAGGUCUAGCCUUCUAUGUAAGUGUAGUGUGUGGUGGGUCGAAAAAGAGCUUAUAAAAGUUCAUGUGGAGAAACAACAGAAAAGGUGCUUGUAUCAACAUCUCCGCAUACGUGUGUGGAAUUUCUCGUGAAUCCCGCGGCUCGCAGAGAUCUCCGUAAGAAUGUAACUAGUUUCAUCUAGUCAAGAAGUUGAACUUCUUCUUCCCGUCGUUCGUGCUUUGCCCUCAUACAUGAGGUGUAGAAGCAGACGCGAAGAUCAAGUUGUGGCUUGUGUGGAAGAGAACUAAACUUAGAAACUGCCCCCAAAUGCAGGAGCAUACCUAAGUAAGUAAAGCUAACACACAUACUGCAAUACCUGGGCCAAGACCUCGCAACAUCAUAGCAGCAUCAGAGCGGUAUGAUCUUCAGUGAGUGAGUGCGCGAGAGAAAACGAGCCAUUUUUCAUAAAAUUGUCGACGUCACUUUAAUCUAGAUAUUACCACUGGAAGAAAAGUGCCACGGUGUGAAAAUUGGUGAAAAACGUGUGCAGCAGAGAACGAAAAAAUGCGAAAUAAUCGCCACUUUAUGUGAGAAUCGAGUUCAUAGCAGUGAAAAAUGUAUAACUGAUCAGCACUCCAAUGACUCACGUCACAUCGAAGUGCGCAUUCAUUCAGUCUCGAUCACCGAAUGGAUGACCAGCGACCAUUGGCGAUUAAUUAACCCCACUGCACAAACAAAUAACAAAUCGAGCUUUUGCUUGAUUGUCAGUAAGGGUAUGAUUUACGCGAGCAAGAAAAAUAUUUUACCGAUGAUUAAUCUUGCAUUUUGUUAAAGUGAGAACGUGUCUGGCGAAGUGAAGCGUCCAUAGGCUAAAACUAAGUUACGUUGCACAAUACUAGCUGAAUUGUGUGGUUUGUGUAUUUUUUGUCGUUCAUUUUGCGUGCAAAGCUGAAAGUCACCGAAAAGGAAACCAAAUGUUAUGAAAUGUAUGUAGGUAAUCAUUUUCUUACCUACUGGAAAUUGUUGAUUACAUCAAGAGUUGUGUUUUGUUUUCGACGGAAUCUUAACAGUGUUAGUGUCUGUUGCGUGUGUACAAAGUCUACGUGCGCUGACUAAAUUCAUGUCAGUAAAUCGAAUCAGGAAUAUAAUCGAUACAAAACUGAGCGGUUAUUGAUGUUUGAACGGAACACUUAUAUAGAGCUGGCGAGCUGGGAAAUGCCGUUCAAGAUGCAUUCGUCAUCGCAGUUGAACAGCAAGCAAGAGAAAGACUGCAACGCCUGUCGGCUCUCAAACGGAUCACUCCGGUGGACAUGUCUCAACUGUCUAUAAAGCUUAACCAGCAAAGUCAAGCCAAAGGUGGAGCAACGCAGGAUCUUAGUUUCCUCAAGGAAGCCUCGCCAAUAUACGUAACAUCACUCUCGAACAACGCUGUCUCCGUGACCAACACCAGCACCACGGUAACGGCAGGAACUAAAACUAACUACUCAGCUGGGUCCAAUUUACAACAAACAGCAACAAAUAACAAUAACACGGCCAAACAGAUAGGUAACGUAACAACUACAGCCACGUUGACUGCAAUUACUGGAACUAAUCUGGUGGUUGGGUCUGCAGCAGCCAAAAGUGCUCAAAAUGUGAUCAACUCCAACAUCGGCUUAAAGCCAGCAACUAAUCAAAUUCAAUCAGCUCCACCUCAGUCCUCCAACACCAGCAUUUACUCGAAUGCCCCACCUUCGACAUCUCGUCAACAAAACGCUCCCACUGUAUCUAACCUGGUGACACCAAACCAAGCAUCGUCGUCCACUUUUCGAGGGAUCUCGUCUGCGGCCACUCCUAUCAAAUCUAACGAACAACAACAAUUCAAUCUGAAUAACAACAAUUACCCCAACAACAGUAACAUUGUAACUGUGAACCAUAGUCUUAUAAACAACAACAUUAAUAGCAAUAUUAGUAAAACUGGUGCUGGUAAUAGUUCUUGUGGUAGUUAUUACAGUAAUCUAACCAAUCCAAUUAUCGCAAACGGUCACGGUCCCAAGCGAGAGCUAGCUACGUUGUCGGAAGGUGAGCUCGAGCCACAGGAAGAAACAUAUGAGACGAACAGCAACAUAUCAAGAGGCGGCACUGAAGUUCUGCUAGGCGACCAGAGUUUGCGACAGGAGAACCGGUCUCGCCGACGGUCCGGCUCCAGCAUCGUUGUGUUGGGUGGUGAUGAUACACUAAAACCUAGCCUGCCUAUUGAUGACUAUCAGGAGGACUUUGAGAUGUACAAUAUGAUUUCAGCUAAUCAAGAUAAUGGACCACAUCGGGAGAUGGCAGUAGAUGUACCUGAAUCAUUUAUAGCUCGCAACAAAACACCCCCACGAUAUCCACCACCACGCAGCACAACACAGGUAAAUCAUGUUUCCAAUGCAAUGCCUCAAGUACCGAAACAUGUAAACGGAGGUGUCUCCUUGGAGCUGGAACCUCUUGAUGGCUAUAGCGACAAAAAUUCAUCCUCGCUGGACGGUAGCAAUGAAUUUUGUAAGAAAAAUUCCAGUAAAGGGCCUUCCUCACUCGGCUCUGCCUGCGAAUCAAUCGGCUUCGAUUCGUUCGAUUAUCUGAAAAAUUCAAGAGGUUCACUCAGUACAAGGAGCUCCUCGUCGGGUGACCUGGGCCCACCCGAGUACGAUAUUGGUCCACAUCGUGAGCUUCCAGUAGACGUUCCAGAUAGUUUUGUUGAAGUAAUUAAAGCACCGCCACGCUAUCCACCACCUAAAGCAUUGAUCAUUAAAGAGGUUGUCAAAAAGAAAGAAUCAUCUUCAUCCGACGAAUCUAUCGAUAAGCCAAAACCGCAACCACAAGCACCAUUGCGAAAUGAGCUCAAUGGUUCAGUGAAACCCAUCCCACCCCCACGCGAUCAUCUGCGAAUAGAGAAAGACGGUCGAUUGACGAACCGGGCUCCGGUGCCAGCACCGCAAGUGCCAGAUCGCAAAGCAGUACCGACUACUCCACAGCAGCAGCACAUCGGCCAAGUGGUGGAACCAACCCCGGAUCAGCUAGAUAGCAUAAAGAAAUUCCAGGAACAGUUACGCAAACGGCGAGAGGAAGAAGAACGGAUAGCAGCUCAGAAUGAUUUUCUGCGGAACAGUAUUCGAGGUUCUCAGCGAUUGCGGGCCUUGCAGGACAACCCCAUCGCCGAGAAGCCUAUUGGGGUUGAUAACGAAGCUUACGCAGAUGAUGAAGAAGCGGACAAGAUUAUUGGGUAUGGAGAACUGGUUGCGGCACUACACCGAUUACAGGGUCACCUCAAUAAGCACGGUUUGGCCGCGCUCGCUGGCAGAGUUACAGCGGCACAGACUUUGCUGCUUGGCCCUGGCAUCGCACGUGCUCUUGCAGCUCGAACUGCCGUUCUCGAACGGCGGCGGCCCAAAAUACAGAAUCCCAUUUGCUCAAAUGCUCAGGCACUCGCCAAGGACUGUGUCGAAUCGUUGGCCCAGUCCAGUUCGCCAGUUGCAAUAGAACUAUGCGAUCUACUUUCGACCUACGAAAUGGAAGGAUUGCUACUGGCCCACGAUCGCGUCGCAUCGACAACCGAUCGUACUCCGGCCUACGGCGUCAGUGCCGUAAGCUCGAAUCCCGUGGUGCCAUUGCCAAUGAACAAUAACAACCUUAUGACCAGCGCUACAACGGUCAAACCAACGUCAGUUUUGCCAUCAAUUCCAAAUAACACUAGCUUAAUUAAUAACAAUAACAACAACAUAGCCAAGCGCGAACCAAUCAGCGUACCACUCGGUGUGCUGAGAGAUGGCAGCCAGGAUCACAUUAGGAUAAUCCAGAUCGAAAAAUCGUCAGAACCUCUUGGAGCGACUAUUCGCAACGAGGGUGAGGCGGUUGUAAUUGGUCGUGUGGUACGAGGGGGAGCAGCCGAAAAAUCUGGACUACUGCAUCAGAAUGACGAAAUUCUCGAGGUGAACGGAAUCGAAAUGCGUGGAAAGUCUGUGAAUGACGUAUGUGCACUACUAGGAUCAAUGACUGGAACUUUGACAUUUCUGGUAGUGCCUGCUGGGGCAUCUCCAAUGGUGCCAGGAAUGCGCGACCCUCCGGUUCUACAUGUACGAGCACAUUUCGACUAUGAUCCAGAAGAUGAUCUUUACAUUCCAUGUCGUGAGCUUGGCAUCAGUUUCCAGAAAGGCGAUGUAUUGCACGUGAUAUCCCGUGAUGAUUCUAACUGGUGGCAGGCUUAUCGGGAAGGCGAGGAGGAUCAAACUCUUGCUGGACUGAUACCAAGCCAACCAUUCCAACAUCAACGCGAAUCGAUGAAGCUGGCAAUAGCCGGUGAAGUUGGUUUAAGAACACGAAAGGAUGCUAAUGGUAAAGCUGGAGGUUCCACCCUACUCUGCGCUCGGAAGGGAAGAAAGAAGAAGAAAAAAGCGAGCAGCGAACACGGGUACCCUUUAUACGCAACGGCCACAGCGGAAGAUCCCGAUCCGGAAGAGAUUCUCACGUACGAAGAAGUGGCUUUAUACUAUCCGCGUGCAUCCCACAAGCGACCAAUUGUGCUAAUCGGGCCUCCCAAUAUAGGACGACAUGAGCUCCGGCAACGACUGAUGGCCGAUUCGGAAAGGUUCGCUGCAGCCAUACCUCAUACAUCCCGACCCCAGAGAGAAGGAGAAAUUCCAGGUCAAGACUACCACUUCAUUUCAAGGCAGCAGUUCGAAUCGGAUAUACUGGCGAGGAAAUUUGUGGAGCAUGGUGAAUACGAAAAGGCCUAUUACGGAACGUCGCUGGAAGCUAUUCGAGCGGUGGUAGCUAGUGGCAAGAUAUGCGUACUUAAUCUCCACCCUCAGAGUUUGAAGCUGCUUCGAUCAUCGGAUCUGAAACCGUAUACAGUGCUUGUAGCCCCGCCCAGUUUAGAAAAGCUUCGUCAGAAGCGGAUACGUACUGGUGAACCGUACAAGGAGGAAGAGCUAAAGGAAAUCAUUGCUACGGCUCGGGACAUGGAAGCACGGUGGGGCCAUCUGUUCGACAUGAUCAUCAUCAACAAUGAUACAGAACGAGCCUAUCAUCAACUACUCGCCGAAAUCAACUCACUCGAGCGAGAACCACAAUGGGUGCCAAGUAGCUGGCUGCAUAACUAAUUUAAGUCAGUGAUGCGUUUUCUACUUAUACAUUUAUAUUUUUGUUGUUUUGUAUAGAAAAAAUACUAUCGGUUAAGUCUGAUACUGAUUAGUGAGCAUGGAGGUAAAUUAUCGUAAUUUAUGUAAGUAGAACUCUAACACAUUCCAUGGAAGGAGAGCAUUCCUUAGCAUUAUUACAUAGUGGGAAUGACGAAACAUGAUUACUGAAAAUCAAAAUACUUCUAGGAGCAUGCAAAUAAAUUCCAAUUGAUAAAUACGAUAAGCAACGUUGUUAUUUUCGUUUUUGAAACAGAGUAUGAAAAGUUUAUUUUAUAUUUAGAUUAUUUCCUGUAAAAAAGUACAUAGAAAGAUUGUUUUAUAUGUAAAAAUUUUAUUUAUCUGUCCAAUAUUUUCACGAUUAUCGAAAAAAAACUGAACACAAUAAAAGCAAUUUCUAAAUGUUAAAGAAAACUUAUCGAAAAAUAGUCAAACUCAGAAACCCCUUACAAGAUUCAAUAAACGUAACACACAUUAUUAAAUCUCAAAAAAGACAAAAUCGAAAAACUUAUAGGUCCGGUUCGCAAAAUAUAUGAGGACAACAGAAACAACAAAAAAAAGUAUUCGUGUUCAUCAUUUACUCUAGAAGAACGAAAGGUAACAAAUUGAACUAGAAAAAGUGAAAAACAUAGAAAGCCAGCUUAAAUUCACCCAAUAAACGUUACAUCCGAUAUUUUUGAUACGUAUUCAAGUCACGUCGAAGAUCGUUUGCAGUUAGCUGCCGAUUAGUUUGCGACAUUAAAACAUUCUCUCCGGUCCGAAAAAGCCGCCUUCGAAAAAAGAACAAAAGAAUAUUACGCUCAAUAUUAUGCAUGUAUAGUCGUAAUAACGAAUAAUAAACCACCAGAGAACGAAACCUUAA